UGCUAGGAUUCAAACCUAGGAGAAAUAAUCAUUUUCCAUAGCACGUGCUAGACCAGAUUUGUUGUUAAUGUUAUGCUUUUAGCAUAGCUGGAGUGAAUGGGCUCGGAUUAGGAUUAUCCGUCCCGCCACACUGCUUGUCUACCUCACCCGCUCUCCUUCUGCAACUCUAUUCCCCAGAUAUGGCGUCUCUCUUCUCCACACCAACUUCAACUUCAACUUCGUAUCUCUUCCGUAAAAAAUCCUCCUUAUACGGCACCGUUUUCCCUCUCAGGUGUGACCGGAAGCCCGGCAAUUUGAGAAGCACCGGUUACUUUGAAAUUAGCUGCCGACUUAGCACCAGAGCCAAAGAGUCGUCGCCGUCUCCGGCUUUAAACCUGAACAAGGAGCCUCACAAGUACUUUGACCAGGUCGUCAUCACGGUCCGCUCCGGCGACGGCGGCCACGGCGCGGUCCUCAACAUGCCGAACCAGAAAGCUACUAAGCCGCCGCAGGGGAAGGUUGAGAAGGAGAAGGCCAGGAGGAGAGGAUUGUUGAAGAGGGACUUCGGCGGGUCCCUCAUUCUUCCCACAGGUGGCCAUGGAGGUGAUGUGGUGAUAUAUGCUGAUGAGGAGGAAGAUACAUUGCUGGAGUUUCACAAGAAAGGGAGGUACAACGCCAAGCGCGGCGGAAAUGUGGCUGCUAUGGGGGUUUUGACCUCCCAAUUGAGAGAUGGAGUUGCUGCCCCAACUCUGCGCAUUCCUGUGCCUGUAGGUACUGUCGUGAAGCGGAAACGAGGGACGCUGUUGCGUGAUCUAGCCCAGCCAGGUGAUGAAAUCCUUGUAGCGAGGGGUGGACAAGGAGGGAUUAGCUUGGUAGAAAUGCCAGAGCGUAGCAAGAAAAAGUUGAUGGCUUUGACCACUAAUGUGAUGAGAGAUGAUAGUGAUAAGGUUUUAUCACUUGGUCAACCUGGAGAGGAGUUUACUUUGGAGUUGAUUCUACGAGUUGUUGCUGAUGUUGGUUUGGUUGGCCUCCCAAAUGCUGGAAAGUCAACCCUUUUGGCAGCUACUACCCUUGCAAAACCUGAUAUUGCUGAUUAUCCUUUCACAACCUUAAUGCCGAACCUAGGACGUCUUAAUGGUGACCCAAGUUUAGGGGCUCAGAUGUAUACUUCUGAAGCAACAUUGGCAGAUUUACCUGGUCUUAUUGAAGGUGCUCAUCUUGGGAAGGGUCUAGGUCGCAACUUCUUGCGGCAUCUAAGGAGGACUCGGCUAUUGGUCCAUGUUGUUGAUGCAGCAGCCGAGGAUCCUGUUAAUGACUACAGAACCGUCAAAGAAGAAUUGCGAAUGUAUAACCCUGAUUACCUCGAUCGACCAUACAUUGUGGUAUUGAAUAAAAUUGAUAUUCCCAAGGUAAGUGAGAGGCUUCCAUCUCUGACUGAAGAAAUAAUGAGACUCGGUAGUGAUAGGCCAUCUACUUUAGAUACAGCUCAAACACUGUCAACCGAAGGUGGAAAUGCAGAUGUACCUUCUUCUGGAGUCCCUAGUAGAGACAGAAAGGAAAAAGGAAUUGAAGACUAUCCACGUCCCAUUGCCAUUGUAGGAGUCAGUGUUUUGAAAGGCAUCAGAACUAAUGAGAUGCUGAAGGAGAUAAGGGCAGCUCUGAGAAUGUGCCGCGACUGAAAUGAAGCAUUAGAUUGAGUGUGAAACCAUGAGAUCUGUGUAGAACAGAGACGCCCUUUAUUGCAUGGUGUUCUUCUCAGAUAGGUAGGUCAGACAAUUUUGAUUUUUAUUUGUAUAUAUGUUGAAGAUGUAUAGUUCAUGAAGUAGACAUUAUAGUGAAAUCAUGAAUAUAAUCCUCUUUCUUUACUGAUUCAACAUAGUGAAUGAUAUCCUACUCUCGAAA